CAUUUUCAAAUUUGGAAAGUUAGAAUUCUAUGGAAAGAACCCGUCGUAAGAGUCCAGGAGCCUAUCAUGAAAGGUUCAAGAGAAAUGGGAAAAUUUGGAUUGUGCAAAAAUUUUAAAAUCGCAUUUUUGAAAUGGAAGACAAGUUCUUAGGUGACACUGAUAGGAAGUCUCAGUUGUUCUUUCCUGAGAACUUCAAAACAAAGAAAGCAAAUGUCCAAGGAUAUAUAGACUUCCAUAACCAUCAGUCACAUACUAUCCUUGAAGAGGUAAAAAAGUAUACAGCCUUGUAUAAUUUUGUGUUGAGAAGAUUGCAGUUUCUGGAUAUACCGAUAACUUGGACGACUGAGGUUUCUGACUAUUUAUCUCAAGAUAACUUUCAUAAAAGAGAAAAAUCUUCAGAAAACACAGGUUCGCCUUUUUGUAGUUUUGAAAAGUGUCAAAAGGUUCAGGUAACUUGGUCCCUUUGGCCCGAAGAUAUUUAUACCCAGUUUGAUUAUUCACAGGAACAUUUAUGUAACUUUGCAUCUACAACUGCUUUAAAAGAAUUUUCUUCACCAUCGGAAUACUCCUUCUCCACAAUAGCAGACAAUGGAAGGCAAGAUCAUCCCGAAGAACUUGAAAAAGGAGAAAAGUUGAGAUAUCCACGGAAGGAAAGAAUGAAGCAAAGCUCAUUGUUCGAUCUAACUGCUCGUUUUUUCGACAUUCUUCUUCAUUCUCCAAAUGGAACUGUUGAUUUGAAUUUCGCAAGUAGGAAACUUGAUGUCCGAAAGAGAAGACUUUAUGACGUUCUUAACGUCUGCGAAGGAGUUGGAAUACUGGACAAAGCAACGAAGAACUGUGUAAAGUUAAGGGAAAACGGAGCUGAAACAAUGACAAACAUGCAAAAGUUUUUGGAUUUGCAACGUCAACUAAAAAUGUUAGAAGACGAAGAGAGUGAGGUUGAUCGUGAACUCCUUAUGCACAACAACCCGGAAAAUCGUUCGAAACGCAAUCGCUCCCACUGUAGACUGUCUACAGUCUUUUCGAAAAAUCAUCAAAAGGAACUCUUUAUUGAAGCACCUGCUGGGUCAGUUCUAAGCGUUUUGAAACCCAAGCUUUCCACGGAUGGAGUCGAAUGGCUUUAUCAGAUUGCUGUCAAAAGUACAGGUGGACAAGUUGCUUAUAAGAUUCUAUCAGAUACUGAUCGGGUUCCGCAAGAGCCUAAUUCGUCUUCAAAGCAAAGUCGCAAAAGUUUUAAUCUCACUAAAUAUUGGCCUUGUGAAACUGUUUCUAUGUCUACAAAGUGAUGAUGAAUAUAGUCUUGUAAUACUUCACAUUAAGAGUUGUUUCAACGCUUUCUUCCGAAUAAAAAAUCUUCAACGAAU